AUGGAUCAGCAGUGGACUGCCUACUCCGAAGCGCCGGAUGCCAGCCGCCAGGCGCGGUAUGCUCCACAUGGGACGGCCCCCUCGCAACAUACGCAACGAGACGCCAGUGCGUCCGCGCAACUUAAGCAGAACCCGUACGCAUCGCCCUCUGCGCCCUCUCGCUCCAGCACCAUUGCGCUGCAAUCACCGAGCCAGCCAAGCAGCCGCGGUCCUGGCUUCAACGACAACGACGGCGACGUGAAGAUGGAGGAUGCCGACCCCUACAAGCCCAAGUACAACACACAACGGCCAAACCACCAGCACCGCCAGUCACAGCAGUUCCUGCAGCAGGAAGAGAGCGCCGCAGCACGCAGAUACUCGCCCAUGAACAUGUCGCCUACAUCGCCCUAUCCCGGCGGCACGCAGCACGGUGGCCCAAAGCAACAGCAAUCGAGGGAGUCCCACGCGCAACAACCCGUACAUGUCGCCGCCGAACAGCUACUACUCUCCUCCAUGUACGUUGCGCUCAACAUGCCAAGUCCUGUUGUAAGCGCCGGGACGCUAAUGAGCAAUUGUGUAGCAUCACGGCCGAAUGCACCCCAGCUGCCGCCCAUCCAGUCCAACAUGAGCCCCGAGAGCUUUUACCCACAGUCUGCGACCGCGCAACUGAACGCUGUCUACAACAGAGACCAAAGGUCACCACGGACAUUGACGAACCCCAAUCCCCCGCAAUUGCCCUCGAUAGGGCGUGGGCCCGUGCCGCAGUUCGAGAAGUGCGCCAACACAGCCGACUUGAAGCCCAAAAUCAACGCGCAACCUCCGUUCCGUCGUGCUAACCCAGAGGGUGGAUUUAUCAGCCCUCUCCAAGCGCUGACAUGCCACCUGCCUACGACCUACAAGCUGUGUAACACUGGCUUUAACUACCAGGCCACCCGCAACCCGCGUCGAGUCCUCACAAAGCCCAGCAAGGGAGUCAAGAACGAUGGGUACGACAACGAGGACAGCGACUACAUCCUCUACGUCAACGAUAUAUUGGGAUCUGAAGAGUCCGGGCACAAGAACCGGUACCUUAUUCUUGACGUGCUGGGCCAAGGAACGUUUGGUCAGGUCGUCAAAUGUCAGAACUUGAAGACCCAGGAGGUUGUCGCUGUGAAGGUCAUCAAGAACAGAACGGCGUACUUCAACCAGAGUAUGAUGGAGGUUUCGGUGCUUGACUUGCUGAACAAGCAAAUGGACAAGAACGACGACCACCACCUGUUGAGACUGAAAGACACGUUCAUUCACAGGCAACAUCUGUGUCUCGUGUUCGAAUUGCUGAGCGUCAAUCUGUACGAGCUGAUCAAGCAGAAUCAGUUCCGUGGACUGUCGACAACGCUAGUACGUGUCUUUGCACAGCAGUUGAUUAACGGUCUUGCUCUGCUCGGCAAAGCGAAAUUGAUACAUUGCGACUUGAAACCGGAAAAUAUCCUCUUGAAGAACCUCGAGAGUCCUAUCAUCAAGAUCAUCGAUUUCGGUUCCGCAUGCGACGAGCGACAGACGGUGUACACGUAUAUCCAGUCACGAUUCUACCGAUCACCUGAAGUGCUGUUAGGUCUACCAUACUCAGCAGCGAUUGAUAUGUGGUCAUUGGGCUGCAUCGUGGUGGAGUUAUUCCUUGGUCUGCCCCUAUUCCCGGGAUCUUCCGAGUACAACCAGGUCUCCAGGAUCACAGAGAUGCUUGGACUUGCACCACAAUGGAUGCUGGAGAUGGGCAAGCAGUCUGGCGAGUUUUUUGAGAAGAGUCAAGAUGAGUACGGACGUAAGAACUACCGACUCAAGUCCAUGGAGCAAUACUCGAGGGAGCAUGGAACAAAGGAGCAGCCCAGCAAGAAGUACUUCUCGGCGACAACGCUGCCGGACAUCAUUAGGAACUACCCCAUGCCGAGGAAAAACAUGAAGCCCAAUGAGAUCGAGCGAGAAAUGGCUAACCGAGCCGCUUUCAUCGAUUUCGCACAAGGACUGCUCAAUCUCAAUCCUCUCGAACGAUGGACGCCAGCUCAAGCGAAGCUGCAUCCGUUCAUCACGCAAGCAAAGUUCACCGGCCCCUUCGUGCCACCGAUGACCCUGAAAUCUAGCUCGAGUCGCUCUCCAGCCCCUGGUGUACAAGAGCAGCAGCGAUUCGAGGGUAUGGCCAAGCAGCGUGCUCAGCAGCAACAACAGGCUCUUGCCGCACAACAGGCUCAAGCAGCCCAAAAUGCGGCGUAUGCAAACAUACAGAUGAACCAGUACGCUGCACAGAACCCUCACGCACAGCCCAACCCGUAUAACAACAUGUACGCGCCAAACCACCAAGGUGCACCUCCACCUUACCCUGCGCAGGCAGCACCGUACGGACAGCAGAUGCCUGCAAUGCAACCACAACAGCCUCGGCAGUACACUCAACCGCAGAACCUGUAUGCUCAAGCCACUACGCGGGCUGGGCGGCAACGGGCAUCUACCAUGGACCAGCAACAGGCCAACCCAUCUGGUAUUCCACCAGCCCUGCAAAGAGUGAUGAGUCACUUGGAUCCAAAUGCACCAGUCCGGUUACAGCCAUCGCCUGCCUACUACCCACCGCCUCCUGAAGGUGCUCCAGAAAGUGCCAGCAGCGCGAGGCGGAGAGGCUCUCGCGCAGGCAACUCACAACGGAACCAUAACUUUGUUCGCAAUCUCGAAGACCGGACACUAGAGGAGGGCUUCAUGCAACAGCCCCACUGGCAAUGA